AUGUACACCUUACACUUAGAACGACAUUAUUUUUGUCUUUUUUUUUUUUAAUCAAGAAGAACCACCUGGCAGUUAGAUGAUAACGACACGAUUACGAAAUAUUACCUUUUCCUGACGCGUUUACUUACAUAUAAACAUACAAAUACAAAGUGUUUGCGCAUACAUUUUGCUGGACGAAGAAGAAAGGAGGAAGGCUGGAGUUGAGUGACAGUAACGUUACUAGCGAACUCUAAAGCUAACGCUGCAUUUAUAGUCUAAUCUGCAUGGUAUUACAUUUAAAGACGCGUUAAACGCAUCUUUACAGUUUGUUAAUAUUGUUUUAUAUCGGGUGCGGAUGGUGGUGCGCGUGCAUGUAUAUUUGGCCUUGCUGGGGGUGUCAGAUGUAAUGCUAACGUUCUAAUAGCCUAUACGUGCUAACAUGUCAUAGACUUGCUUUCAUGCACAAAUUCGGGUCGGCUUUGUGUGUUUAUUGCUGUGUGUUCUGGAGAAAUCGGUAUCGUGUUGUUGAACUGAAUGUAACACACCGCUGUUGCUCCACAAGAUCCACGCAUGCUACUUUAGCGCGGUUUUAACGUUAGCUAACACAACUGAACGGUAAAUUCAGAAGUGCAUUUAUCGCACGAGCAUGACGGCAGAUCUGCAGAGAUGACCGUAACCAAAUAAAAAUGCGUUAUUAGGUGCUGUAGGGUCAGGCGGAAGACGGAAAGCUGAUGGCUGUGUGCCGUUAGCUCGCAUCAGCUCUCAUAGGCCACGUCGCCUGUGUGUGUGUUGAUGUGUUUGAUCUAACGUUACUGACAGUGGCGUUGCAUGAAUGCAAACAAGGAAAAGCGAGAAGUCGCCAACUGUGCGGAAGGGACACGGAAGAAUCGUCGAAGAAGUUGCAUCACCAACGUCAUAACAACUCAAGGUUGCUAAGCCGAAUGGGGAUGAACACAUCUUUUUAGAUAACUUGUCAGAGCAGUGACCACAUCACUCGUAUUUAACCUACGGCGCUCACACUAAUCCAGAGAUCGUAUUCAGUGCGCCUGUUCGAUUACGAUGAUCGGCUUCAGUGCGAAUCGACGUGGAGGUCGCCUCCCUUCCUUCAUCCUGAUCGUAUUAAUGGUGAUUAUCUUAAUUUUGUCGUUUAACUACUGGAGCGUGUCCACUAAGCACGGGCGGCUACUGGAUGAGCUGGCCGAGGUGCAGACGCAGGUGAAGCGCACGGACGCGGCGCGCUCCCGCCUGGAGAAGAGAAACUCCGAGUUGAUGAUGCAGGUGGACACGCACCGGAAACAGAUCGACCAGAAGGAUGGAGACUAUAGCGUGCUGGAGAGCAAACUGCAGGCCAGGGAUACGCUGGUCAAAUCAUGCAGCGAUGAAAAGAAUAAGCUGCAGAAUGAUGUCAGCGCCCAGAUGUCCGAGAUUCACAGACUGAAAGAACAGGUAAAAGAGUUGAGACGGGAGAUCAUCCGACAAGAAGACCAGCUGAGGGAAGUGCGGAAAAACAGCACCAAUCUGGAGAAGAAGCUGGAAUAUGAGAGCUUGCAGUGUGGCAGACAAAUCACAGAGCUGAAGGCAGAAUAUGAGGAAAACAAGAAAAGAGCGGAAGAAGAGGCAGCAAAACUCAGACAGAGUUUAUUAGAGAAUCGUAAAGCGGAUCCAGGGGUUCGGCAGGUGGAGGUGGAUCUUGAUCAGCCCAACAAAAGAAAAGAGGACAUCGCAGAGCGCCACACAGUGGCUGCACAGCGAAAUGAUGGCCCAGUUCCUAAAGAUGAUAUGGUUAAACCUGGUAGCGAUGCUGGAAUGCCUGGCAUUGAGGACAGUGAAGUGGGCAAGAUAGAAGAUGGACAGUUUGCCUUAAAGAAGCCAGCCAUCACGCCGCAAAAACACAUGGAGCCGGCGGAGGCUGCGGCACUGCUGAAGGAGGAGAGGGCAGGGUUUGGAGCUGGAGCUGGAGCCGGUGCCAGACCAGGGGAUGAUUUGGCCAAUGGGCAACUGCUGGACCGACCAGACAUACCCCAUGAUGAAAACCUGCGUUUGGGGAACCAUGACGCCCCUGUGCUGCAGCAGGUUCCAAAAGCAGUGGUUGACAGACCCAUGCUGUUUGACGAAGAUAAUAAAGCAGGCAUAAAGGCAGAUGAGUUUGGGGAGCAGCGCAGACAGCUGGGAGCUGAAGGCUUGAAGGCAGAGGGAGUUGUACUUCCUCCUCCUCCUAACCCGGCUCAGGUUCUUCCCAAACCCAUUGACCUGCACAAUGGCAGAGAACCUGUGCACGCUGACCCCCCGCGUCACCGUCAGAGCCGUUUCUUUGAUGAAAAUGAGUCCCCUGUAGAUCCGCAACACGGCAAUAAGCUAGCGGACUAUAACGGGGACGAUGGCAACGUAGGUGAGUAUGAGGCGGACAAGCAGGCUGAGCUGGCCUACAAUGAGGAAGAGGAUGGUGAUGGUGGGGAGGAAGACGUCCAAGACGAUGAAGACCGGGAAGCUCCAGGUGAAAGGGCUGUGGAUUACGGAAAGCGACAUCAAGCCAUUGAUGUGCUGUAGUCCCGUCCUGUCUCAAAAAUCCCAUACAUUUGAGCUUUGGAUGUUUCUGACAAUGAAGUAGCCAAGAGAUGAAAAAGAACUUUGGAUUUCAGUUGUGAUUUUGGUAUCAUUUACAAUUGGAGACAUUCAGACUAUUCAAACUAUUUCAGUCUUCAGAGACGAACAAGUUUCAGCGGUUACGACUGUGAAAUCAAUGACUGUGGGUGAGAUUUUUUUCAACUUAAAUGCGACAAAGCGAUUUCAUGAUCUUCUGCAAAUGUUUGCUUGAUUUGAGAGUAUUGUUUUCAUGUUUGUUUUUCUUGUCCCCAUCUGUAGCACAUGUCUAACAGAGGUUUUGGAACUAUUAUUUUGUACAAAUGUCUUUCUUUGUAUUUUUUUUUUUCUUUUUCUUUUUUUUUUUGGUGGGGUAAUAAAAUGCUGCCUUUAGGCAAUGGAGGACGUGACUGUGAAUACUAGAUAAUACAGAAAUAAUUAUUCUCUGUGGGAUUCACAAAGUGGAACAUAGUGAUAUUACUGGUGGAAAGGACCUCUAGAACACCAGUUUUUUUUUUUUUUUUUUUUUUUUGCUGAAAAGCUAAAUCUCCCUUUAUCUUUUUGGACAACUGUUGCUAAAUGCAAGUGUAAACAAUGGGAAGAUGCAAUUAAGUUGCUGUUCAACUUUGAACCUCUCUUGUACAAAAUGACACUAAAUGGCCAGACAAUAAUCUUUUUUUUUUUUUUCAACUACUGUUUUCUGAAGGAGCACUUAAGAGUGUGUAUUGAGUUUUGUACGGACAUUGUUGCAUGCAAAAGGUAGCCUUUGUAAAUCAGCCUGUAGAUCAAGAAAUGGAAAAAAAAGCAAUACUCAAGACUAAACUCAUCAAAGCUGUCAGCCUGCUUCCUUUCUUACUGGUAGAUGUGCACUACAAUAUGAUGAGGAAUCUGUGUGAUGAGAUGCUGUAUAUUUGCUAAACUCAAAUGGAAAUAAUGAUCAUAUACCUAACUGUUUGUGUUUGUUUCAUAAUCAAGCAAAUGUAUAGGGUUGGCAUACUGAAUGUAGUCCUAUAGCUUGUGAUUGUUUUUGAAAUCUGCCACAUGGGUGUUUGGGCUCUCUUACACAGCUGUGCAGUGCAAGGGUUAACGAUUAACAAAAUUCUUUAUAUUUCAAAUUAACUGGUCCUGUUUUGGAAAAAGUAGGCUACACGUUGUAUCACUGUGACUGAAGUAUUGAAAGUAGUAGCAUCAAAAAGAGCACCCAGAAAUCUUCAUUAAUUUAUCCCAGGCUGCUUUACAAACAAAUGACUACAUUACUGUAACAAUAAACGAUUUUUUUCUGUAGUUUUA